AUGGAGCCCCCCGUCAAGCUGCCCCACAACACCGUUCCCGUGGGGCUGGCAGGAGACGGGACCAUGGAGCAGUGCGGGAAGCGGAUCCGGAAGCCCUCACUGCUCUACGAGGACUUUGAGAGGCCGUUCUUGCCCCUGUCCACUCCCCAGAACCCCCCUGGCCCACCUCAGCCCCCCGUCAAGGACCCGAGCUGUGGGGGCCGCCUCACCAACCAGCUGCAGUACCUCCACCACGUGCUCACCAGGUUCCUGUGGAAGCACCAGUUUGCUUGGCCGUUCCGCGAGCCAGUGGACGCCUACAGACUCAAACUCCCGGAUUACCACACCAUCAUCAAACAGCCCAUGGACAUGGGAACCAUCAAGAAACGCCUGGAGAACCACUUCUACCAUGAGGCUAGCGAGUGCAUCCAGGACUUUAGCACCAUGUUCACCAACUGCUACAUCUACAACAAGCCCACUGAUGACAUAGUGCUCAUGGCUCAGUCCCUGGAGAAGAUCUUCCUGCAGAACGUGGCGGACAUGCCUCAGGAGGAGGUGGAGCUGCCCACUCCUGUCCCUCGCAGUCGGAGCAGUGGUGGGAGGGGCCGGCGGGCUAACGCCAGCAGAGCUCAGCAGGUGCCUGCCGUCUCACAAUCAGCCUACUCCCCCUCUUCCUCCGACACAGGAGACUCCAUGUUGGCUAACUCUCCCACCACAGUGCUCCCCAAAAGCCUCCCCCCAGCCCCCAUCAUCAUGCCUCAUCCACAGCCCAGCACCAAGAAGAAGGGUGUGAAGCGUAAGGCCGACACCACCACCCCCUCCACCAUGGGUCUGUCCGUGAGCCUCCCGCCAGAGCCACACAUGGUGGGGCUGGGGAAGGGAGGGCACGUGGCCCGCGAGGGUCAGCACUCCUUCUCCCACCUGGAGUCUGCGUCAGGGAUCAGCCCAGUCCUCAUCCAGUCCAUGCUGGGGGGUCCGGGCCGCAGGGUGGGCAGCGGUCGCCCCAUUAAACCUCCGAAGAAGGACCUUCCAGACUCCAUCCAGCCACAGACGUCCAGGAGGGGCAAACUGAGCUCUCAGCUGCGCUACUGCAGCUCUCUGCUGAAGGAGCUGCUGUCCAAGAAGCAUGCGCUGUAUGCCUGGCCCUUCUACAGCCCUGUGGAUGCCACGGCGCUGCAGCUGCACGACUACCACGACAUCAUCAAGACCCCCAUGGACCUCAGCACCAUCAAGAGGAAGAUGGAGUGUCGGGAGUACAGGGAUGCGCAGCAGUUCUCCGCAGACAUCAGGCUCAUGUUCUCCAACUGUUACAAGUACAACCCUCCGGGACACGACGUGGUCAACAUGGCUCGCAAGCUACAGGAUGUGUUCGAGUUCGCCUUCGCAAAGAUCCCAGAUGAGCCGGCACACCAGGAGUCAACGGCUACGUCCCUAAGCGCCGCUGCCUCCUCCUCCUCCUCUUCCUCCUCUUCAUCCUCCUCCUCCUCCGAGAGUGAGCCCAGCACCGAGACCGAGGAGAGCGAGAGCAGCCCCAGUGAGGACAGUGAGGAGGAGCGGGCCCAGCGCCUGGCCCAGCUGCAGGACCAAGUCUGCACCCAGCUGCGAGCGGUGCACGAGCAGCUCGCCGCUUUGUCCCAGGGGCCCGCAGUUAAACCCAAACGGCGACGGGAGAAGAAGGAAAAACGCGACAGGAAGAAGAAGAAGAAAGGCAAGCGGAGCCGCGUGGGUCGCAGUCGAGCCGGCUCAGAGGAGUGGAAGAUGCCCAACAAGAAGAGCCGCUCGGCAAGAGGCCAACCGAGCCACCGCAGCCAGCCCAAGAAGAGCCGCAGCAAAAGCGUUCCAAAGAAGCCCGUGUUCUCCCCUGCACAGCCGUCUCCCGCCCCGCCACACUACGACUCAGAGGAGGAGGAGGAUCUGGUACCUAUGACCUACGACGAGAAGAGACAGCUCAGCCUGGACAUAAACAAGUUGCCGGGGGAGAAGCUGGGGCGUGUGGUGCACAUAAUCCAGUCCAGAGAACCGGCUCUGCGCGACACCAACCCCGAGGAGAUUGAGAUUGACUUCGAGACGCUCAAACCCUCAACCCUCAAGGAGCUGGAGCGAUACGUGCUUUCCUGUCUGAGGAAGAGGCCUCGCAAGCUCUCCCACGAAACCGGGAAAAGCUCGAGUCUGGGGAAGUCUAAAGAAGAACUGACUCUGGAAAAGAGAAGAGAGCUGGAGCGCCGCCUGCAGGACGUCAGCGGGCAGCUCAACAUCGUCAAGAAGCCCUCCAAGAGUAAAGUGGAGAAGAGCUCAGCAGGAGAGCCUCAGCCUCAGGCGGCUCGUCUCAGCGGCAGCAGCUCCAGCUCAGACUCUUCGUCUUCGUCUUCAGCCUCGUCUUCCUCUGACAGCAGCGACUCUGACUCCGGCUGA